AUGCCUUCAACUAAUUCGAAUCGAUCACAUCCACAUCAAUCUUCUUCACGUAUACCUUCUAAUCUAAAUACUCCCAAUGUUCCUAAUAAUUCAAAUCAACCUCCAACUGUUCAAACUCGUCUUAGAGCUCGUCUAGGUUCUCUUCCUACUAGUUUACCUCAACCUUCAUCUUCUUUACCUCUUCGAAGAAGAUUACCUGCAAGUAGUCUUAUGCCACCUGGUAGUCCUCUCUUCGAACAAGCUGGAUCUUCUACUCUUGCAAUGUCGCCUCGUCAAUCUCCUGUUGCGACUAGACCUUCAACUCGAGCUGCUCAAUUACAGGCUCAACAGUCAUUUUCAAGUCAUAGUCUUACUCCACUUCUCAAUAGAUGUUUUUCUACAUCAGGUUCUCCUCAAGUACCUAACCUCACUUCGAAAUUAUCUCAACAUGAUUCGAGUCUUCAAGACCCUCAAAUCUCUUGUAGCUUUGAUCAAGAUGGUCAAGAUGAAAAAAUGAAUAUCCAAUCAACUGAUCCUAUCUCGUUUUACGAUUCUGGUCUUCCUGAUCACCUUGAAGAGGCUUCUAUGGAACAAGCUCCUGAUCAAACUUCAUUAGAUUGGACCAUGACAGAUCGUUUGAGAUUAUGGCGAGAUGACGCGCGUGCUCAACAUCUUUAUGAGACAGCAGCCUUUUGGGGCGCGAAAGUUUAUGGAUUGACAUCUAAUCCUAAUGAUGCAUUUUGGCUUGCUCAAGUUUAUUUCCUCACUGGUCAAUUUGUUCGAGCAGAAAAGAUCUUGACUGGUGUUCGAAGAAUUGCACGACGGCCACUUGAUCUUGAAGAAAUCAAUCCAGAUUCCACUCAUGAUGAUUUGAUUGUAGAGAACCUCACUGCUGCUCAUCCAGAUCGAGAAAAGAAUGAAGCUGGUCGAGACGAGACAAAUGAUUUAGCGCCCGUUAGGAUGACAGAUUAUUCAACUGCUUGUCGAUAUCUUGCGGCUCAAUGUAUGAUUCGACAAGGAAAAUGGGAAGCUGCUAUGGAAAUGGUUGGGGACGAGAAUCCGUUUCGACUCGAAUCGCAAAAUCAACAUGAUCUCGAUCAGCCUUCAAACUUGAACUCAUCUCAACGGGGACCUAAACUAAAGGGACAAAGAUCUGAACACGUAGAUCAUCAGCAGGGUUCAAGUAAAACAGGAUCGAUGGGAAAGAAGUAUGCUGAUAGUAAAGCUACUAUGGAUGGUGGAAUCAAGUUUGAGUCAUCAAUGUGUUAUCUUCGUGGACUGGUUCAUCUACAAAACAAGUCACUUGACCGAGCUAAGGAAUGUUUCUUGGAGUCUCUUGCUUUGGAUGUUAAAUGUUAUGAAAGCUUCGAAGCACUUGUUGGUGGCAACAUGCUCGAACCUGAAGAAGAGUGGGAGUUUAUUCAAUCACUUGGAUAUCAUCAUCAAACACCGGAUGAUGCACUUUUCAUUAAAUCUCUUUACACUGUUAGAUUAAAGAAAUUCAAUCAUAAGGAAGAAGUUUUUGAAGCAUUUCGAUUAUUGAAAGAGAAGUACAACCUUUCAGACGAUCCGGACGCGGCUUUUGGUCUAGCUGAUUGGUUAUUUACGAAUUAUCGAUUCCAAGAUUGUCAUCGGAUCACAUCUAGGAUUCUGACCUUACAUGAUCAUCAUCCGCCUACUCUACCCUUACAUCUCACUUGUAUGGCAAUGAUGCCUCAUCUCCGACCUUCAUUAUUUUUGCUGGCCCACGAUUUAGUCGAACGAGAUCCUAACUCGGCUAUAAGUUGGUAUGCUGCUGGACUUUGGUAUUUUAGUCAAAGACGUUGGGAGGAGUCUAGGAGAUUUUUUUCUAAAUCUGCUCUUAUGGAUUCUAGAUUUGCACCUGCUUGGUUUGGAUUUGGACAUGCACUUGCUUAUGAAGGUGAACAUGAUCAAGCCAUCACAGCUUACUCGACAGCUUCUCAUAAUUUUCAGGGCUCUCACUUUCCUUUGUUAUUCAUCGGAAUGCAACACAUUCAACUUGCCAAUCCAACUCUUGCGUCCGAUUAUCUUCUGGCGGCUAGUGAAAUUUGUCCGUUCGAUCCGCUCGUAUUGCAUGAACGUGGUGUAGUUUGCUAUUACCAAGAACAGUGGCAGGAAGGCGCAGAAUUAUUUGAAUCUACCAUCAAAGCUUCACAGAACAGUCAGACGGAUCCCAAAAUCUGGGCACCUACUUAUUUGAACUUAUCACAUUGUUAUAGACGAUUAAAACGAUACCCUGAAGCACUAGAGGCAGCAAAACAGGCUAAAUAUUUGCAGCCUCGAUCGGCGGCUGCGUUGACUGCUACUGGAAUGGCAUUUCAUGCCUUGGGAAACAAUUCGGAUGCUAUCAGGAUGUAUCACGAGUCACUUGCAGUACUACCUGCUGAUCCAAUGACGACCUCAUUACUAAAGUUUUCAUUAGAUAUGGAAUGUUGUUAUCCGAUUUUACAAACCAAUAGACCAUCCACUUCACCACCUGUUUCACCACCGUUUAUGUUUAAAGGAUUAUCAAGAGAAGGAUAUGAACAGUUUAAAGAAGAUUUAGUAGGAUAUGAAGAGAAGUUAAAGACUCAGUAUGGGAAAGAGUGUACUUCUUCUACUCUUUUUGGUUAUGCGCCUGAGAAGGAGGCAGGAACCAGUGGGGUUGGGAUUGGGGUUGGAGGAUUUGAAGAAGAUGGGGAUCGGAUGGAAGAAUAA